AUGCUUUUGCCUACUCUCCUCGCCUUCACGGCGCUCGCUGAAGCGGUGCCCCAAUUCGGGGGUGCCGGUGGCCUCACUAUGCUGCGAUUUGGAUGCACUCAAGUCGUUAUCGAUCGACUUGACCCUCUUGUCAACCCAGGCCAAGUUCCUUCACCCCACGUCCAUCAGAUUGUGGGAGGAAAUGCCUUUAACGCUUCAAUGGCGUCAACCGAUGUCUCGUCAAGAGCUACUUGCACCACCUGCGAAUUCGCUGACAAUUUCUCCAACUACUGGACGGCGAACAUGUACUUCAAGGCCCGAAACGGCACCUUCAAGCGUAUUCCUCAAGGCAGUGCUGCGCUACAAUUUAACGACAAGUUCAGCAACCAAAUUGGAGGCGGUACACUUGUAUACUACGUCUCGGCCCAGCCGGGCCAGAUUACUGCUUUCAAGCCAGGGUUCCGCAUGCUCGUUGGUGACCCUCUCAUGCGUAGCAGACCAGACAAGAAACUGAAGAAGCAAAUCUGCUACCGUUGCUACACGGGACCAAACUUCGGAGGCGAUAACGCCGCCCCUUGUGCAGACAACACACUCGACACUGAGGCUUUCCCCACCAAACCCUGCCUCGGUGGCAUCCGUUCUAAUAUCCAUUUCCCCACCUGCUGGGAUGGCAAGAAUCUUGACAGCCCAAAUCACCAGGACCAUGUUGCCUAUCCUACGACGGGUCCCGCUGAUUUCCUAAGCUUGGGAGGCGCCUGUCCAUCGACCCACCCAGUUAGAAUCCCACAGAUCAUGUUAGAGGUUGUCUGGGAUACUACCAAAUUUAACGACAAGUCGCAAUGGCCCGCGGAUGGAAGCCAGCCUUUCGUUCUCAGCACAGGAGAUCCGACCGGAUUAGGCCAACAUGCCGAUUACGUUUUUGGAUGGAAGGGUGACGCCCUUCAAAAGGCCAUGGAUACCUCCGGCUGCUUUGGUGCUUCGUGUGCAAACCUCAAGUCACAGGUUAUCGACACUGCGAAGAGCUGUGCUGUGAAGCCCGUUGUUCAAGAGAACGUUGAAGGAUGGCUCGAUAAGCUUCCAGGAAUGGAUAUGCCAAUGUGA